GCGUAUAGUAUUAAGAUUAGCCAAACUACCGAGGAAGGGAAAUUUUGCUUGCGUUUGCUCUUUUUUAACUUCUUAGAUUAUCAUCAUGGUGACAUUGAAUUUGUACAUUGCCAGCGUUCUAGGUAUCGUUAUUAUCCUCUUAGUGCGCCUAAUACUUCGUUCUCGGGAGCGUCUUGUGGAGGAACCGGACAAAAUUUUAUUUAUCCCACGUGCCUAUACCGUUGAGGAGCUUGCUGAGUAUGACGGAAUCCGGAAACCGUAUGCUUUCGUGGGUGUUAAGGGUAUUAUAUACAACGUCGCGCUGGAGUGGUAUGGACCAGGUUCACCUUACAAUGAUUUUGCAGGCCGCGACAGCUCCCGGGCCCUAGGGAAGUUCAAAGUGGACCGCACGGAGGCAAAUACUGACUGGACGCGACUUUUACCAAAGCAUAUGAAAUCCCUAAACGAGUGGGAAGAGAAAUUCCGCGCCAAGUACCCGGUUGUGGGGUGGAUCUAUGAUCCUAAUGGAGACUUCGUCAAGCGUUCUAAGAAUUUUGAACCAUAAACUGGAGGAAUAGCCUUUCUCCUUUGAUACUCCAUAUAAUCAUCUGAUCAGCCUAAUACUAUGAAGUUUAAUCUUGGAGCUUAUACAUUUCCAGCCAUGUAUGCA